GCUAGGCCACGCCUCCCUUCUCUUCACUUCCUGUAAACAAAGCAGCUGUAGCAACACUGAACCAGUGUGUUCUUGUUUUUUCCGAUAUUUUCUGGCUCCUCUGUUGUGUUUUUAAAAAAUGGCUCAGGGUGGAGUGGUUCUGGACAAGGACCAGUUUAACUGCUCCAUAUGCCUGGACGUGCUGAAAAACCCAGUGACCAUCCCCUGCGGACACAGCUACUGCUCGGACUGCAUCCAGAACUACUGGGACCAAGACGACUUUCUCGGGGUCUUCGUCUGCCCGCAGUGCCGACAGAGCUUUAGCCCGAGGCCGGCGCUUGCCAGGAACACCAUGCUCACCGAUGUGGUGGAGAAAUUCAAGACAACUACGCUCCUGGCUGCCUCGGUACCGAGGGAUAACCGAUGUCUGGCCAAAGCUGACGACGUGGAGUGUGACGUCUGCACCGGGAGGAAAAACAAGGCUGUCAAGUCCUGCUUGGUGUGCCUGGCCUCCUACUGCGAUGUUCACCUCCAGCCUCACUACGAGUCCGCUGCCUUCAAGAAGCACAAGCUGGUUUCGGCCUCCAAGCGGCUCCAGGAGACGAUCUGUCCCCAGCACGACAAGCUGCUGGAAGUGUACUGUCGCACCGACAGGCGCUGCAUUUGCUACCUGUGUCUGACAGACGAGCACAAAGGACACGACACGGUGCUGGCCGAGGCAGAAACACAACACAUGAAGAUGCAGCUUAGUGACAUGAGGCAGAGCUCACAGUUCAAGAUUCAGCAAAGAGAGAAAGAGGCACAAGAUCUGAGACAAGCUGUUUUUUCUCUCGCUCGUUCGGCACGGGCUGCUGCUGAAGAGAGCGACGCCAUUUUUACGGAGCUCAUUCGCCAGAUAGAGCUGAAGCGCUUUGAACUGAGAGAGCUCAUCAAAGAACAGGAAAAGACGGCCAUCGGUGAAGCCGAGCAGCUGCUGGACAAGAUCCAGAAGGAAAUUGCCGAACUGAAGAAGAACGAGGCCGAACUUGACCUCCUGUCCCACACUGAUGACCCCGUCCAGUUCCUCCAGAGUUGUCAGUCCCUUCAUGCCUCACCUACGCUGUCAGCUUCUCCUUUGCUCAACAUGAACCCGGGCCUCUCCUUCAGCCCAGUGAUGACAGCUGUGUCUGACUUCAAGGGAUUGCUGCAAGAAGUGUGCCAGGGAGGAUUUGUCAGCAUCUAUGAGAAAGUGAAAGAUGUUAGAAUCAUGAUGAUUCAGAAUCCUGAGUCCUCAGAGUCUCAGUGUGACUCUCCCCUCGCUGGUGAGGCUGGGGCAGCUGCACAGAUGGAGUCACCAAUAAUUCUGCCUCAUCUUAGUCGGGACCAACCAGCUGUCAGUCCUCUGAACCCGUUCUUUGCCCAGGGACCAAUUGCCUUCUCACCGUUUGGUUCCAAAGUCACGACUGGAUCUAGACAAAGACACCUGCAGAGACGGCCUCACUCAAGAAGAAGAUAAAUCCUGCUGGACAUCAGACUGAAUGUCGUACACGCACUCACAUAACCUGAGUUUCAUAAGAGUCAAGAAUGAGACCUUUUUGAAUAUUUUAUCUGUGGACACUAGUUUAUUGACUUUAAUCAGUUAUAUUUCAGUAUUUAUUUACAGAUGAUACAGUUAACUUAGCUAAAAGCAUGAGCAGCCUACUUCAGUGUAUUUCAGUCUUGCUAAAAGGGUCAGCCUGUUGUAGUGAUGUGGUUUUAUGCUUUUAUAAGUAUUUUUUUAAGCAGUGCUUUGUGAACAGUUAUUUUCU